AUGGAGAAAAGUGAAGAAUGUUUCGAAUGUGCGUGCUCGUAUGACGGAGAAGAACAGGUAGAAGCCCAAAUAGAAAUAACCAUCGAUAGCAUCGAAAACAUUAUAAGAAAUGAAAGAUUAUUGCUGGAAUUCGUGGUGGAGCACGAUAACGCGGUUUUGGGGACAAGUAAAUUAAUUCGCGUCGAUGCCAGUUAUGAAAACAUAGAAGCUACUCAUCCCAUCGACUUUACGUCAGAAGUGGUGUUUUCAACUAACGACCUCCGAAGCAUAGAACCCAUAGUGUCAUCGCCAGUUUUAAUCAAGGUUUUUGAAAUUCUCGAGAGCCACGAUCAAACCGUCGAAAGCAUCAAGGGCAAAGAAAGUAACGAAGAAAUCCCAAAACGCCGAUCUAGGAGCGAGAAAAGCACACUGGGUCUGUGCAACGUCGAUCUGUUACCGAUAAUUUUGGGGGAAAGGUAUUGCACCGAAAAACUGGUCCUUGAGACACCCUCGCUAUCCUGGGACGGCGAAAUCGUGUCCUGGGCUAAUCUACCCAGGAUAUCGGUGACGAUUAAACGGGAGGACUGCGACGUCGAGCUGCAAGACGCGCCGUUCAAUCUUUUGACCAUCACCGUCGAAAGUAUUUACAAUCCGCCGUCGUACUUCAAUGACCACCUGGACUACAAGUGCGGCACCGUUUGGCGCACGGACAAAGACAUCAAAGAUUCGAGCAUCGUGUUCGGUCGUGGAAAAUGGACGGAGCUCCGCGACGUUGAGCAAACCAAGAGCUGGAGGGCCCUCGAAGGACUGAAUAGUCGAGCGCGGCUGUCCAAGUACAAGAUCAGCUGCGACUGCGAAGGCGUGAAAAACUCUUUCAAGCGUCGGUUCGACCUAAAAACGACCAUCGACCGCAACGAGAAGAGAAUCGAGUGGAAUUCGAUGCACAGAAUAUUACUGGACGACGAGUGUGCGGGUCAUAUUGUGGAUCGGUUGAACAGACGCAAGUGUUGGCCUUUCGAGAUAAUGGUGUCGGAAAAAGACAGCGAAGAUCCCAAGCACGAGUCCGAUGAUGAUGGUUUUGGUGCCGUGGUUUACCAAUGCUACGUGGACGCGGGGCAGUUGCUUUUUCCAGGAACAACGAAGACGCGAAUCUUGUCACAACUGUUCACUCAAAGUUUGCCAAAAAUGAAAGAGAAAACUGGGUUAUCCUCGAGUAUAUUCAUCGAUCGCGCAAAUCAGGAUGACCACGAUCGAGGAAGCAAUGACUCUUGUGCUGCAGAUACAGUGCAAGAUGAUGUUGAGGAUCUUCCUCUUUUUACGGAAAGCGGAGCACCCGUUCUGAUCCUAAUCGAGUUCGAACUGCAUCGUCCAUUCUUUGCGUCCCGAGAUUUGGAGGACUACAUAGAAGCCCUGGAAGAUUUGAGGAGGAAGCCGAGGCCGAAGCAUUUGUUGUACGCUUACACUCCGGACUUGGUUCGCGAUCAGUACGUCGACUGUGUCAAGCAACUCGUGGAUAUACUCGGGGAGGAUUACCGAGACGAUUUGAGUCGCUUCAAACAGUAUCUUCAUGAGUCUGGGAAGUACGCCACGAUACGUGAUAAGCUGAAGAGCAAAAUCACCAACUUGUUAGAUCAGAAGCUUGCGCUCAAGCCUUCCGGAUGGUAUUCAAUGGAAAACCAGAAUUUCAUCACCUCGUGCUACACGUACUUGGUGGAGCAAAUGCACACGGCACUGAACGACAAAUUGGAGGUUCGGCAAUCGCUCACGCCUUGCACCGACGAAAGCUCCGACGAGCUUUGGCUGCGCGCUGAAGAGGCUCACGAGUUCGGAGACCACAAAAAAGCCGACAUGCUCUUUACAAAAUUGGUAUACGAGGAUCGCAAGAACCCGGACGCGUGGGUGAGGUACGCGGCUUAUUUCGCACGCAAGUCCGAGUUCGACGAGGCGACCGAAUGCUGCAGGGAAGCCAUCGAGUUGAACGCUCGCCACAAAAUUGGAUUGAUGUUUUACGGGAUUUUACUUGCCUUGAAAGAAGAUUACAACAACGCGGAGGUGUUUUUGAAGUCCAUCCUUUACAUGUACCCGCGGUUUGCCGAGGGCUGGGCUGUCUUACACUUGUUUUACGUAAAGAUCCAGUACUAUCCAGGCAUUGACCUUACCCUUAGUACUGCGGAAAAGUGCCUGCACGACAGGACGCGUGACACGGAAGACACGAGUUUUCUCGACCAAGAGGCACUCGCGUGGUCAACGAUGCUCUGCAGAAAAAACCGGAUUUUCCACCUCACGGCGGUGCUGCUGCUCAAACUGAACCUCUACGAGUUUGCCGAAAUGGCUCUAGCCCAAGAGCUGUGCCAUGGCGAGAGGGACGUCGAGUUUCUGUACUUCACGAGCGUCUGUCACUACCUGCGCGGCGACCACGCGGGCGCGAUAACUCUACUGAGCGAGGCUGAAAUGACAAUCGGCCUGGAGUACAGCGUGGCUGCUCUACUGGGCCACUCGCGUUACAAGCUGCACAUCACCUACGAGGCAGUUAUGAACUAUGAAUCGGUCGACAUGAUGUACGACAGACCGGAGGCCAUUCAUCUGGUCCACAUGAAAUUGGGCUUUCACUACAUCGACUCCGAGGAGUACGAGCGCGCGAGAAACGUCUUCCUGCGAGCCAGCGCAUGCCCACACCGCACCUGCAAGACUUGGCUCGGCCUUGGGAUCGCGAGCUAUCACCUAAAGAUUUACGAGGAGAGCGAAGUGGCGCUCAUGGAAGCGAAUAGAAUCGACGACGAAGACGCUGAGGUCUGGGCUUACUUAUGUUUGUUGAGUAUGGCGCAACAUCGACGCGAUGAAUUUGCUCAGUGUUACAGGCAAAUGGUAAAGAACGACCUAAAGAGUGACAAAAUUUGGCGGCUCAUCAAGCACUCGAUGGAUGCUUUUGACUAUUCGUCACCAAUCGCUGUGCUCGGGAGUUUGGAUCAUGAUAAAACAGUUGGAUGAACUUUUCGGAGUAUGAAUUACAUUUCUCACUAAUUUAUUGCUGAUCAAUUUAAUUUUACAAGUGUAAAAUAUUAAAAAGUGGCAUUAGUAGAAUGAUUAAAUGAAUAUUGUCUUUUGUUUAAAGUUAAUAACAU